AUGAAGCCCAUUGCAAUGUUUGAAAAGCCAAAUCCACUUCCAAAAUACUUCGCAAUUGACAUAGAUGGGACCUUUUAUACCAGAAACGAAGAUAUUUACAAGAGUAACGUGGAUGCCUUCAAGAUGGUGAUGGAUAAAGGCGUCAUACCGUUUUUCUGCACAGGAAGAAACAUCGUUUCAACUAGAAAUCUAGUAGGAGAAUAUUUCUCGAGCCUAACUGGGUUCAGAGGAUACCCAGGGGUGUAUAUGAACGGAACGUUGGUCUACGACACAGAAGGAAAUUUGAUCAAAAUUGAAACCUUUUCAACUGAUUUACUAGAUAAAUUCAUCAAGUUUAUUACAGAAAAGGGCAUGGAAUCGGAAGCUGCGUUUUAUGAAGUCACUAAAUCCUUCAGUCUCCAUCCCCUAUCAGAAAAAGUUAUUGCGUAUUUGAAUACAAACAAAGUACCAGUCCCAGAAGUAGUAUCCAUCGAUACGCUAAUGACGAAGAACAUAGUUUUGAUCGCAUUUCCUCCGAUUGAUAUUGACAUUGAAGGCGUAAAGAACGGAGUGGACUAUAACUAUAAACAGUCUGACGAAUAUGUUGUCUGUAUAACACCAGGAAUUCUGGUACUUGUACUAUAUGUACACUGUGGAAACAUCGCAAAUUUUGUAAAGCCAAAUACACCUCCGAAAUACUUUGCAAUAGAUGUGGACGGCACAUUUUAUGUAGAGAAUGAAUCAAUUUUCAGAAAAAAUGUAGACGCCUUCAAGUUAUUAAAGGAAAAGAACAUCACUCCCAUUCUCUGUACCGCUAGGGGGCCAGGGCCUACCAGAAAAUUGAUAGGCAGCCAAUUUCUAGGGGAUAUGGAUUAUGAGGGGUACCCAGGAGUAUAUAAUAACGGUGCCGUUGUUUACGAUUCAGACGGUAAUCUAAUUAAGAUUGAGAAGUUCUCCGAAGAUUUUCUGAAUAAAUUUAAAGCAUAUACGACUGAGAACGGUUUCAAUUCUAGGGUUAUAAACGAAGUAACCUGUGUAAAAUACAACAAAGGAAACCUCUACUAG